CAAGAACAGAACUAUAAGAGUUCAAAUCAUCUCCUCCCUUUCUCUGCAUACUCCUCUCUUAACUCUUUCUCUAGUUACUCGAGAAAGAUUUUAGAACCUGGUUUCUGGUUUUACUUUUCUUUCUAUUUAAGGGUUCAUUUGCUUCUUCUUGCACGCUAUAAUUUUCCCAAUUGGGUAAGCUCCAAGGUAGCUUCUUCAAUAGUAUUAUUAUUACUAUUUUUUUUUGUUUUCAUUUCCUGUAGCCAUAUGUGUAUUUUCCCGAGAAAUAUUAUCCACACCCAGAUCUUUAAAUCUCAACUCUGAGUCUCUGAUGCUUAUAAACUUACUCAUGAUUUAGUUCCACCAAAAUCUGGAAACCCAUUAGAUUUAUUUUCUUUCUUCUGCAUAAUCUCUGAGCUAUGCACAGAUCUUGCCUAGAUCUUACUCUGGAUUCUCUCAUCUCUUUUCCAAAAGGUUGAAACUAUGCUAGAUUCCUUGAAGUGGGUCUAAGCAACGCUUCAAAGAUAUUCUGAUGAUUUUUCUAAUCAAAAUAAAAACGAAGUAUAUAUCAUUUGACAUUGGAUAUAUAGAUAUUAUGCAAUAGUUCUUCCUUUGAUUCACUUACCUCUUCAAACCCAAGAACUCUGAUUCUCUUUCUCCCCUUGAACUCUGUCGGUAUGUUUUGUUUUUACAAAUCUUAAGACCAAAAAAAAAACAGAGCUAGGUUUUACCUUUUUUCGGACAUGGAGAUUCUGAGACCGACAACUUCUUCACACGUCUCCGGUGGGAACUGGGAGAUGAAGAGCAACGUCGCAGCUACCCGUGAGGUCGCCACGUGGACGGCGGCCGAGAAUAAGGCGUUCGAGAAUGCUUUGGCGGUUUAUGACGAUAACACUCCUGAUCGGUGGGAGAAGGUAGCGGCGGUUAUCCCGGGGAAGACCGUGAGUGACGUUAUCAGACAGUAUAACGAGCUUGAAGCUGAUGUCAGCAACAUCGAGGCCGGGUUAAUCCCGGUUCCCGGUUACAUUACCUCGCAGCCUUUCACUCUGGAUUGGACCGGUGGUGGCGGUGGAUUCAAACCGGGUCAUCCGGUUAGCAAUAAACGGUCUCCGACCGGUAGAUCGCCAGAGUUGGAGCGAAAGAAAGGUGUUCCUUGGACGGAGGAAGAACACAAGUUAUUUCUAAUGGGUUUGAAGAAAUACGGGAAAGGUGACUGGAGGAACAUAUCUAGGAACUUUGUGAUAACACGAACGCCAACACAAGUCGCUAGUCACGCUCAAAAAUACUUUAUACGGCAACAUUCUGGCGGCAAAGACAAGAGACGAGCAAGCAUUCACGAUAUAACCACCGUAAAUCUUGAAGACAAAGCUUCUUUGGAGACGAACAAGACCUCCUUGGUUGGACGAGACCAGCAUUCAAGACUAGCCGCGUUUCCUUGGGGGCAACAAACAGACAAUAAUGGAACGCAUGCAGACGCUUUCAACAUAACGAUAGGAAACGCUCUUAGUGGCGCUCACUCGUACGGCCAGGCUAUGCUAGGGCCGUUUAACACGGCCGCUGAUCCUUGCUACGAUGCGCAGAACACAAUGUUUCAGCUAUAGCAAGUGGUGAUGCGCAAGUUUAAUUUUUACAUAUGGACGGAACAAUCGUAUUUGAAAAUUGUAUAAUAAACGUCCAUUGUUUUGAUUGAUUCCAAUUUAAAAAAGUUAAUAAAUGUUUCGUGACAAUGCC